CCAGCCCCGUCGCCGGCGGAGGCGGGCGCGGGCGCGUCCCUGUGGCCAGUCACCGGGAGGAGUUGGUCGCACAAUUAUGAAAGACUCAGCUUCUGCUGCUAGCGCCGGAGCUGAGUUACUUCUUAGAAGGUUUCCCUGGGCUGUCCUUGUCCGGCGGCCUCUGCUGCCGCCUUCGGAGACGCUUCCCGAUAGAUGGCUACAGGCCGCGGAGGAGGAGGAGGUGGAGUUGCUGCCCUUCCGGAGUGCGCCCCGUGAGGAGAAUGUCCCAGAAAUCCUGGAUAGAAAGCACUUUGACCAAGAGGGAAUGUGUAUAUAUUAUACCAAGUUCCAAAGACCCUCACAGAUGCCUUCCAGGAUGUCAAAUUUGUCAGCAACUCGUCAGGUGUUUUUGUGGUCGCUUGGUCAAGCAACAUGCUUGUUUUACUGCAAGUCUUGCCAUGAAAUACUCAGAUGUGAAAUUGGGUGACCAUUUUAAUCAGACAUUAGAAGAAUGGUCUGUGGAAACGCAUACAGAACAGAGCCCAACGGAUGCUUAUGGAGUCAUAAAUUUUCAAGGGGGUUCUCAUUCCUACAGAGCUAAGUAUGUGAGACUGUCAUACGACACCAAACCUGAAGUCAUUCUGCAACUUCUGCUUAAAGAAUGGCAAAUGGAAUUACCCAAACUUGUUAUCUCUGUGCAUGGGGGCAUGCAGAAAUUUGAGCUUCACCCACGAAUCAAGCAGCUGCUUGGAAAGGGUCUUAUUAAAGCUGCAGUUACAACCGGAGCCUGGAUUUUAACUGGAGGAGUAAACACAGGUGUGGCAAAACAUGUUGGUGAUGCCCUCAAAGAACAUGCUUCCAGAUCAUCUCGAAAGAUUUGCACUAUUGGAAUAGCACCCUGGGGAGUGAUUGAAAACAGAAAUGAUCUUGUUGGGAGAGAUGUGGUUGCUCCUUAUCAAACCUUGUUGAACCCUCUGAGCAAAUUGAAUGUUCUGAAUAAUCUACAUUCCCAUUUCAUAUUGGUGGAUGAUGGCACUGUUGGAAAGUAUGGGGCAGAAGUCAGAUUGAGAAGAGAACUUGAAAAAACUAUUAAUCAGCAAAGAAUUCAUGCUAGAAUUGGACAAGGUGUCCCUGUGGUGGCACUUAUAUUUGAGGGCGGGCCAAAUGUUAUCCUCACAGUUUUAGAGUAUCUUCAAGAAAGUCCUCCUGUUCCAGUCGUUGUUUGUGAAGGAACAGGCAGAGCUGCAGAUCUACUAGCAUAUAUUCAUAAGCAAACAGAAGAGGGAGGCAAUCUUCCUGAUGCAGCAGAGCCAGAUAUUAUUUCAACCAUCAAAAAAACAUUUAACUUUGGCCAGAAUGAAGCAGUUCAUUUAUUUCAAACACUGAUGGAGUGCAUGAAAAGAAAGGAGCUUAUCACGGUUUUCCACAUUGGAUCAGAUGAACAUCAAGAUAUAGAUGUAGCAAUACUUACUGCACUGCUUAAAGGCACUAAUGCAUCUGCAUUUGACCAGCUCAUCCUUACAUUGGCAUGGGAUAGAGUUGACAUUGCCAAAAAUCAUGUGUUUGUUUAUGGACAGCAGUGGCUGGUUGGGUCCUUGGAACAAGCUAUGCUUGAUGCUCUUGUAAUGGAUAGAGUUGCAUUUGUGAAACUUCUUAUUGAAAAUGGAGUAAGCAUGCAUAAAUUCCUUACCAUUCCUAGACUGGAAGAACUUUAUAACACAAAACAAGGUCCAACUAAUCCAAUGCUAUUUCAUCUUGUUCGGGAUGUCAAACAGGGAAAUCUUCCUCCAGGAUAUAAGAUCACCCUAAUCGAUAUAGGACUUGUUAUUGAAUAUCUUAUGGGAGGAACCUAUAGAUGCACCUACACUCGGAAACGUUUUCGAUUAAUAUAUAAUAGUCUUGGUGGAAAUAAUCGGAGGUCUGGCCGAAAUACCUCCAGCAGCACUCCUCAGCUGCGCAAGAGUCAUGAAUCUUUUGGCAAUAGGGCAGAUAAAAAGGAAAAAAUGAGGCACAAUCAUUUCAUUAAAACAGCACAGCCCUAUCGACCAAAGAUUGAUACAGCUGUGGAAGAAGGAAAGAAGAAGAGAGCCAAAGAUGAAAUUGUAGAUAUUGAUGAUCCAGAAACCAAGCGCUUUCCUUAUCCACUUAAUGAACUGUUAAUUUGGGCUUGCCUUAUGAAGAGACAGGUCAUGGCCCGUUUUUUAUGGCAGCAUGGUGAAGAAUCAAUGGCUAAAGCAUUAGUUGCCUGUAAGAUCUAUCGUUCAAUGGCAUAUGAAGCAAAGCAGAGUGACCUUGUAGAUGAUACUUCAGAAGAAUUGAAACAGUAUUCUAAUGAUUUUGGUCAACUCGCAGUUGAAUUACUAGAACAAUCCUUCAGACAGGAUGAAACCAUGGCUAUGAAAUUGCUCACUUAUGAACUGAAAAACUGGAGUAAUUCCACCUGCCUCAAGUUAGCAGUUUCUUCAAGACUUAGACCUUUUGUAGCUCACACCUGUACACAAAUGUUGUUAUCUGAUAUGUGGAUGGGAAGGCUGAAUAUGAGGAAAAAUUCCUGGUACAAGGUCAUAUUAAGCAUUUUAGUUCCACCUGCCAUAUUAAUGCUAGAAUAUAAAACAAAGGCUGAGAUGUCUCAUAUUCCACAAUCUCAAGAUGCCCAUCAAAUGACAAUGGAAGAUAGUGAAAACAACUUUCAAAACAUAGCAGAAGAGAUUCCCAUGGAAGUGUUUAAAGAAGUAAGAAUAUUGGACAGUAAUGAAGGAAAGAAUGAAAUGGAGAUACAAAUAAAAUCAAAAAAACUUCCCAUUACAAGAAAGUUUUAUGCCUUUUAUCAUGCGCCAAUUGUAAAAUUCUGGUUUAAUACGGUAGCCAAUAUGUUCUACAUUGUAGUGAUUAUGGCUCUUGUAUUACUUAGUUUUGGUGUUCCCAGAAAGGCAAUACUUUAUCCUCGUGAAGCACCGUCUUGGACUCUUGCUAAAGAUAUAGUUUUUCAUCCAUACUGGAUGAUUUUUGGUGAAGUUUACGCAUAUGAAAUUGAUGUGUGUGCAAAUGAUUCCACUAUCUCUCAAAUCUGUGGUCCUGGAACAUGGUUGACUCCAUUUCUUCAAGCAGUCUACCUCUUUGUACAGUAUAUCAUUAUGGUCAAUCUUCUUAUUGCAUUUUUCAACAAUGUGUAUUUACAAGUGAAGGCAAUUUCCAAUAUUGUAUGGAAGUACCAACGAUAUCAUUUUAUUAUGGCUUAUCAUGAGAAACCUGUUCUGCCUCCACCACUUAUCAUUCUUGGCCAUAUAGUUUCUCUGUUUUGCUGCAUAUGUAAAAGAAGAAAAAAAGAUAAGACUUCCGAUGGACCAAAACUUUUUUUAACAGAAGAAGAUCAAAAGAAACUACAUGACUUUGAAGAACAGUGUGUUGAGAUGUAUUUUAAUGAAAAAGAUGACAAAUUCCAUUCUGGGAGUGAAGAGAGAAUUCGUGUCACCUUUGAAAGGGUGGAGCAGAUGUGCAUUCAAAUUAAAGAAGUUGGAGAUCGCGUCAACUAUAUAAAAAGAUCAUUACAGUCAUUAGAUUCUCAAAUUGGCCAUUUGCAAGAUCUUUCAGCCCUGACUGUAGAUACAUUAAAAACGCUCACUGCCCAGAAAGCUUCGGAAGCUAGCAAAGUUCACAAUGAAAUCACACGAGAAUUGAGCAUUUCCAAACAUUUGGCUCAAAACCUUAUUGACGAUGGUCCUGUAAGACCUUCUGUAUGGAAAAAGCACAGUGUUGUAAAUACACUUAGCUCCUCUCUUCCUCAAGGUGGUCUUGAAAGUACUAAUCCUUUUCUUUGUAAUAUUUUUAUGAAAGAUGAAAAAGAUCCCCAGUGUAACAUAUUUGGUCAGGAUUUACCUGUAAUACCCCAGAGAAAAGAAUUCAGUUUCCCAGAGGCUGGUUCCUCUUGUGGUGCCUUAUUCCCAAGUGCUGUUUCUCCUCCAGAACUGCGACAGAGAGUACAUGGGGCAGAAAUGUUAAAAAUGUUCAGUAAAAAUAAAAAACUAGGCAGUUCUUCUAAUAGCAUACCACACCUGUCAUCCCCACCAACCAAAUUUUUUGUUAGUACACCUUCACAGCCAAGUUGUAAAAACCGCUUAGAAACUGUAACCAAAGAUCAAGAAAUUGUUUGCUCUAAAGCUGCAGAAGGAGAUAAUGUAGAAUUUGGAGCAUUUGUAGGACACAGAGAUAGCAUAGAUUAUUUGCAGAAGUUUAAAGAAACAUCAAACAAAAUAAAAGAAAUAAUAUCCAAUGAUGUUCCUUCUGAAAACACUUGGAAACAUUUGAGUUCUCAUGCUGGAUUUACUGAAUGUCGCAAAACUUCUGUUCCUCUUCAUUCAGAACAAGUGGAAAGUAGCAGUAGAAGGCCAUCUACAGAAGAAACUCAUGAAGUAGAUUCCAAAGCAGCUUUACUACCGGAUUGGUUACAAGAUAGACCAUCAAACAGAGACAUGCCAUCUGAAGAAGGAACAUUAAAUGGUCUCGCUUCCCCAUUUAAACCAGUUAUGGAUACAAAUUACUACUACUCAGCUGUGGAAAGAAAUAAUUUGAUGAGAUUAUCCCAGAGCAUUCCAUUUACACCUGUGCCUCCAAGAGGUGAGCCUGUCACAGUGUAUCGCUUGGAAGAGAGUUCACCCAGUAUACUGAAUAACAGCAUGUCUUCAUGGUCGCAGCUCGGCCUCUGUGCCAAAAUAGAGUUUUUAAGUAAAGAGGAGAUGGGAGGCGGUUUACGGAGAGCUGUCAAAGUACAGUGUACCUGGUCAGAACAUGAUAUCCUCAAAUCAGGUCAUCUUUAUAUUAUCAAAUCUUUUCUUCCUGAGGUGGUUAACACAUGGUCAAGUAUUUAUAAAGAAGAUACAGUUCUGCAUCUCUGUCUCAGAGAAAUUCAACAACAGAGAGCAGCACAGAAGCUCACAUUUGCCUUCAACCAAAUGAAACCCAAAUCCAUACCAUAUUCUCCAAGGUUCCUUGAAGUUUUCCUGCUGUAUUGCCAUUCAGCAGGACAGUGGUUUGCUGUGGAAGAAUGUAUGACUGGAGAAUUUAGAAAAUACAAUAAUAAUAACGGUGAUGAGAUUAUUCCAACUAAUACACUGGAAGAGAUCAUGCUAGCCUUUAGCCACUGGACUUACGAAUAUACAAGAGGGGAGUUACUGGUACUUGAUUUACAAGGUGUGGGUGAAAAUUUGACUGACCCAUCUGUUAUUAAAGCAGAAGAAAAGAGAUCCUGUGAUAUGGUUUUUGGCCCAGCAAAUCUAGGUGAAGAUGCAAUAAAAAACUUCAGAGCAAAACAUCACUGUAAUUCUUGUUGUAGAAAGCUUAAACUUCCAGAUCUGAAGAGGAAUGACUAUACACCUGAUAAAAUUCUGUUUCCUCAGGAUGAGCCUUCAGAUUUGACUCUUCAGCCUGGAAAUUCCACCAAAGAAUCAGAAUCAACUAAUUCUAUUCGUCUGAUGUUAUAAUAUUAAUCAUUGGUUUUGCCUACACCUCAUAAAAAUGUUACCUUGUCAUUUUUCCUUCAGGAGGAAAUUGUUUGGUAAUAGAGAAAAGUGUGUGCAAAUGAACAUGCUAAUUCUGGCACAGUUAAAAGGUCAAUAUUCUUUUGACCUGAUUAAAGUAGUCAGUCAGGAACUCCCUAUAGGAUACAGCUGGUAGCUGUUAAAUUUUAAAGGUAAAGGAAAAUUAGUAUUUGUAACUUUUUAAAGGGCUCUUUUUAGCAGAAGAUUUCAUUUGACUUUGUUCUGAUGAGGGUGAUACCCUCUCUCAUGUGGUGCAAUACCAUUAACCAAAGUUAAGUGUCUGUGCAGAUUUUAUUGGCAGCUGGUUUACUGCCAUUCAGCUAGUGAAAUGAAGAAAUCAUCCAGCCUUUUGGUUCAAUGGCAGACGUCUUCCUCAGUGUGUUUUAGUGUGUUCACUGGUGAUGUCACUAGUUGGCCAUGGGAAAGGAGAUGACUUGUUAUUGGAGGUCCAUAGGGAUACAAGAACCCUGAGCUGAAAACCAUUUUCUAAGAGGGACUUUAUGAAUCAGGAUUAGGCUCCAUAUUUAAAGAUGGAGGCAGUUUUUUUGUUAAAUAGAGCCCAAAUUGUGCAGAAGUAUUAGUUGUUUUUUUUUUUUUUAACAUUGUUUUAUCAAGUCCUUGUUAAGUAGAAGAAAGCCAUGGUAGACUGGUAUAACCUAAAUAUACCGGAGGAGAAACUUAACUCACUGUUCAAGAGAAGUUACCUUGUAAAAAAAAAAAAAAAAAAAAAAGUGCUUUUUCCCUGUCUCUAUCUAUAGUGACAACCUGGAAGCUACAUACUUCUCCAAAGAUUUUAUUGGCCAGUAUAUCAAAUCAGAAUGUAAACAUAAAUUCUUGCAUAUAUUUAAAAUUGUGUAAGAACAUCUGAACAUGAGUAUUGUUUAUGGUACUUAUUUAAGAAAUUGAGUUGGAUUAUCAUUAUGUGAUGUCGGGAGAUUGCAAUGUAACUUUAUGCCAAUAAAAUGUAAUUUAACUGCCCCAGAUAUUGUUGAAUACUCAACAACAAGAAAAGCUUUCAUCUGA